ACUAUUGCAAAUGAGCGUGUUUGUUUUGAACCCAAAUCAAUUUUUAAAUUGAAAUUUUCAAAACAAAACGCUCGAAUCAUUUUUUAUGUUUCGGAAGCCAGAGCUUUUCAUCCAAUUUAGUGAAGAGAAAAUUGAAAUGAAAACGAAAGAAGACAUACUGACCGUUCCGGAUCUCAACGAUUUUCCGAAUGAGAUUUUGGCGCUAAUUUUCCGGCACCUCGGAUUUGCCGAUCGUCUCCGGAUGUCCGCCGUUUGUCGUCGCUGGAACGAGCUGGUGUUUGCCUUUUUUGGCGAUCGGAUCAAGCUGCACCUGAGCGCUUCGACGGAUCAUUCCGUUCCGAUUGGAAAGCUUUCGAAUCGAAGCUACCGAAACGUUCAAGUGUUCUGGACCGAGGACAGUUCCGGCUGGAUGGAUGCGGUCGAAGACCAGGCUCCAAAGCUGCUUUCGCUGGAUCUGUACAUAAUGCCGGAGGAGAGGGGCUUUCUGGCCAAGUGGAAUCCUCCGCCCUCGUUGAUGGAACAGUUUCUGAGGAUUCUGGCUAACCUGGAGUCUUUGGGGACACUCUUCAUCAACACCACGCCGACGACUUUCGGUGCCGUUCUGCAAGCAAUUCACGAUCUGACCAAUCUGGCCACCUUAAUGGUCGAGAUCCGGAUCGACGACGGCAGCUUUGCCUUGGCCAGCUUCAACGGAUUGUGCCGGCUGCCCAAACUGCGAGCGGUUUCAAUUUGCUCGUACGUUCCUUUUUGCUCUCCGGAAAAGGACCGUCUGGUUCCGGCUCCGUUCGUCGAGAGUCUUACUCUCGAGCAAUAUUCGCCAUGUUUCAGCAUUUUGAACUUUUACAAGCUGUUUCCUUGUUUGACCAAGUUGGAUGUCCGCCAAGUCGAAAUGGAUCCCGAAGAGCUGGAACUGGUCGUCGUCACUUGGCCAACGCUGGAAGUCCUGGUCAUCGGCCUAAAUUCCCUACUGCUUAAUACAACCGCUCUGGAGAUGCUGCAGCAGCUGUCCAAGCUGCGCAAACUUGAACUGCAAACUCAGGUCUACUGCACCGAUGAAUGCAUCGAAUUUGAUUUCCUACAGGCUAGCUUCUACCUACUGGAAACAAUUUUCCAGAUACCGACGCUCGAGGAGCUGCGCUUAGUCCACGGACCCGCCGCCGGCAUCUGGUGGUCCGGACAGAUUCCAACGGACGCGCCGUCCUGCCGGCUGUACAUCAACGACAUUUACGUGCCCCGGACGUGCUCGGUGCCCAGCUUGGAAAUCAUGAGCUAA